AAAUUCCAAUCAGCUGUUUAGGUGUGCAGCUGUCAAAACAAGUACCAAACAUUUAUCAGACCAUUAUCAGUGUAAUUGGGCAAUUUUGACAAUUUGGUAUAUUCGUUCAUAAAAGCUGAAAAAAUAAUUCAAAAUGAAGAAAAAGGUACUGCUUAUGGGCAAAAGCGGCUCAGGCAAAACCAGUAUGCGUUCCAUUAUAUUUGCAAACUACAUAGCUCGAGACACGACGCGUUUGGGUGCGACCAUUGACGUUGAGCACUCCCAUGUACGGUUUCUGGGAAAUCUCGUACUUAAUUUAUGGGAUUGUGGCGGUCAGGAGGGCUUCAUGCAACAAUACUUCGCAUCACAGAGAGAUAACAUUUUCCGAAAUGUUGAAGUUCUCAUAUAUGUAUUUGAUGUAGAGAGUCGUAACUUGGAACUAGAUGUGCACUACUAUCAAUCAUGUUUGGAAGCAUUGUUACAGAAUUCGCCGGAAGCAAAAAUAUUUUGUUUGAUACAUAAAAUGGAUUUAGUCGCUGAAGAACAACGAGAAUCUUUGUUCAAAGAGCGCGAAGAGGAUCUCAUUAAGCUAUCCAAACCGGGAAAUGUUACCUGUUUCCGUACCAGUAUUUGGGAUGAAACAUUAUACAGAGCUUGGUCCAGUAUCGUCACCAUGCUUAUACCCAAUGUGGCCGUAUUGGAGAACUCUUUAACGCAUUUCGCAAAUGUUAUUGAGGCCGACGAAGUGUUACUUUUCGAAAAGGCCACUUUUCUGGUUAUUUCACAUUGUCAGAGCAAAAAGAACCGCGAUUCCCAUCGUUUUGAGAAAGUCUCCAAUAUAAUAAAACAAUUUAAACUAAGCUGUUCGAAAUUGGGCGCCAAGUUUCAAUCGAUGGAGGUACGUAAUAGCGCCUUUGCAGCUUUCAUAGAUACCUUUACCAGCAAUACAUACGUAAUGGUUGUCAUGUCUGAUCCAACAAUACCUUCUGAAGCGACUUUAGUUAACAUACGUAAUGCGCGCAAAUCUUUUGAAGAAUUAGAGAAUCCAAAUAGCAACGCAAUGAAUCAUCAUCAGUAUCACUGAUAUAGGAUGUAAGUGCACUGCACUGUUAACGAGAGGAUUUGAAAUUGGGGCAAACAAGUGUGCAAAUAUGUACAUUUUUUUGUGAUUUUCCUUCAUGGUAGAGAAAAGAAGUUUUGAAAUUUAGAUUUGUAAACAUUUAUAAUAAAGCUUGAUUCGUAUUGGAGCUUAAA